CCUUGGUCCGUGGUAGGAGACCAAAGUUUCCCAGAUAAAGGUCUAGCAAACGGGUUAUCCUGAUUGACGAGUGCCUUUGCCAUCAUGCGCUCUUGUCAGCUACGUCUCAUCCGACCUCUUACACAACACGGCAUAGAACAACACACGAUGGGAUCACUUGACCGUGUGGCCCAUUGUUUCAUUCUGGUUAUCUUGCUUUAAAAAAACAAAAAAAAAACGAAGCGUCUAAAAUUUCGUAACGUGCUGUCUCCUGGAAGUGAAACGUGUGGAAACUUUGGUUGACGCAAUGCGGUGAAUGUUUGGACUGACAGGCGGACAGCUAAAUGACAUUAAGUAUAAGUUAACAUUGUGUGUUUGGACUGACAGGCGGACAGCUAAAUGACAGUAAGUAUAAGUUAACAUCGUGUGGUUGGACUGACAGGCGGACAGCUAAAUGACAGUAAGAAUAAGUUAACAUCGUGUGGUUUGACUGACAGGCGGACAGCUAAAUGACAUAAAGUAUAAGUUAACAUUGUGUGGUUGGACUAACAGGCGUGCAGCUAAAUAACAGUAAUUGUAAGUUAACAUUUUCUUGUUCUACAGACUGCGUUACCAUUUUUUCCAGGGACAGUGUCUUUCCCUGUUUGUUUCUUUUUCAAAUACAUGUACUGGCAAUGCUAGGGAUGUUGCUAUUAUAUUUAAAUACUGCUAAUUAAAGGGGUGUUGUUUUUUUUAAAACUUAAAACAGUAGAAUAUAUAUUUUUUCUUUCUUAUACUCAUCCAUUACAUUCUCAUACAUUCUCAUAAAGUCUCAUACACUGGCGCUCUUCUUGUCAUGUUCAUUAGAACUCGCCAUUAGAACUCACCAUUAGAACUCACCAUUAGAACUCACCAUUAGAACUCACCAUUAGAGCUCACCAUUAGAACUCACCGUUUGAACUCACCAUUCUGGUAACUUAAUUUGGUGUUUUAUUAUUUUAUUUAUGUGUUGCUCCCAGGGGAGCUAAUGCUGUGAGACUGACGUCAUUGCAGACGGCACCCAGUCUGCGCCCCGCAUGUGUUGAGUUCAAAGUGAAAAGAAUCACAAAGGCAUGGCACUGAGCACUGUCUUGUUGUGACAACCAGCGUUUGUUGCCUUGGCUGCGUAAAAUAGCAAUAUGGCUGACAGAAAAAGACACCGCCCAUCAGACAGGGACGGAAAACCAGGUGAUUGUCUUACAGACAAAAUGUGAAAUUCCAUUUAAAUUUUCUAUUCUAAGCAAUUUGUAGCAGCAGCAGGACUGAUAGAAACUAUAAAUAAAAAUUUAAAUAAAUUCGAAACUAAAGCUACAUCAACAUGAAAAAAUCAAAUUUUUAAAACAAAUAUGUAAAUUAAAUAAUGUACUUGUUCUGCAAUUACUGAGAAAUUAAAAUUGAUCACGCCUAAGAUUUGUUUUUCAAGCUUGCUUAUUUUUUGUUAUAAAUGUCUCAGUACAAUACAUUGUAUAACUUUGUCAAUGACAUUCCCAUUGAUCUUAUUUUUUUAAAGAAAUAUCCAUUAACCUUUAUUCCCAGGGACUUCGAGUGCAGCAAACGAUCAACAUACGAAUGAUUACACUAGUAAUUUUGAUAGUUUAUCGUGGGACAUUCCCAGAACUGACAUGCUCAGGGCCACGAACAUUCUCAGAAAUCAGUUGGACGAUGACGGGAACUCUGAGGACGAACCACUGUUAACACCUGAAUAUUCUCACGUACUGUACUUUGUCUUUGUUUCACUAAUAUCAAUGAAAAAUAAACUAGUGAAGCUAGUGAAUGUGGUACAACUGGUUGUGGGGGAAUUCAAAUAUAGGCAUUCUUUGCACAUUUUCUAGGGAAAACCAAUUUUCUUGACUCAAAGGAAACCCUUUGACUUAAUGUUGUGGAGAAUCCCAACUUGGGUAGUGCAGAAGGGUGGAGAAUCCCAACUUGGGUAGUGCAGACGGGUGGAGGGUUUUUCAUAGUAACGAAGACCCGACACUGACCACCUGUCGUAGGUUAUCAGAGUGAACGAGGACGAGGCUAUAGUACAACCGUGACAGUAUCGUUAUAAAUCAAAGGUACGGCAUACGGAGGCUGACACUUUUCUUGAAACCAGGUCGUUUGAGCAUGGGUCGAGGUGGGUCGAGAGAUGCGUAGAUUUUUGUUUCAAUUUUAACGCACACACACACAUUUGGAGUUUUCUCUUUUUUCCCAACAUGUUUUUAAUUCUGAAUUUGAUCUUUAUAACAAUAUGUCAAGUCGUUUAGUGUUUUUAUAAGCAAUUUAUCGAUAUACUCAUAGAAUUAGUCAUAAGAUAAUAUUUUUGGUUAUCUAUUUCAAAAGAUACAUUUCAUAUGCAAGCUAAUAAGAGACCUCAUGUGACUUUUUGAUGCUACCUGUCACUUUUCGGUUUCGUCCCCCCCCCCCUUUGCUUUCAAAAUAUUUUUUUUCAUAUCCCAACUUUUGGCCUUUAAAUAUCCAAACCCCCUGGAGUCCAAGACGCCGCCUCUGAAGCUACCUAUUGAUUACAGUUGUACAUUUGUUGAGGGGGGAGGGGUAGCGCUAAGGAUUUUUUAAUACGUGCGACAAUUUUUUGAUUGGUCGUUACAGAAACCCGUCACAGAGAAGGAAGAAGGCGUGUCAGCAAGGGGUGCAUGGAACAUCGCCAUUGCCUUGGUCGUCCUCAGCUUGUCGACGAUGUCGUACGCCCUGUUCAACGACGCCUUCAGUCAAUGGCUCUAUGUGGAAUUUGAGUACAUGGUGCUGGGCUCUAACGCGUCGUUCAUCAAUGACUCCGCGUGAGUCUGUUGGCAUUUUUGGUGUUUUUGUGCUCAUUUGUUGCGCAUUUCAUGCUCAUUUAGUGCGCAUUUAGUGCGCAAUGUCCCUCACUAAGUGUUUCAGGGUAGGCCCGGGCGGUGAGAGAGCCUUAGUGAAGACAAUGCGCAGCUCAGCAGAUGGAGCUGAUUGCUAAUGUACUAGCUGGGGUUGUAAGACAGUAAACUCGGACCUUUAACAGAAUAUGUGCGUUAGUGAUCAUUUAAAAGGGUUCUGUUCUUUGAUGUGACAUAAACCAGAUAUUAUACACCAACUGCAACACCACGUCACUUCUUUCUGUUUAUCGUUGUAAAUACUUCUGGUGGACAGAUAAUACUUUAAAUUUUUAUUUGAAGAGUUGUUGAUUGAGGGGUUCUAAAACUCGUUUCAAUUUCGUACAACUUAAAUUUUUUGCCUUUCCAAAAAUAAAAUAAAAAAAGUCACAUCCGAUCAGCUCUAAAAUGUGUACCGGUAAUGAAAAUUGGAUAUCUGUAUUUGCUACGCCUCCAUAAUAAUCAUGUACCACAAGUGCAGGUAGAUGGAACACGGUGGGAGAAUAUAAGUGUUUAUAUCAAUAAAAACGUAGUAAAUUAGCAAUGUUAAGAAAAUCUAAAUAAUUUAUUCAUGUAAAAAUUUGCACUUCCUCAUAAAGCCGAUGUUAUUCAUAUAAUAUUUGAAACUGAUAUCUGACGAAUUGGUCCAAGUCAGCUUUGAUGUCAAUUUCAAUUGAAUAUUAAGAAGGCAACAGUGUAUACAGUAACGGUUCUCUCUAUCUCUAUCCAGAUCCAGCAAUCCAUGUAUCAAGGGUAACAACAACUCGUCGCCAUGGGCAGCAGAACUGGACGAGGCACAAGCCAGGGCAUCAAGGUUCAACACAUGGGCAAUGUUGAUCAGCCUUCUGCCAGCCGUCAUAACGAACACUUUACUCGGGGCGUAUGCUGACCGGAUCGGUCGUAGAGUUCUGUUUAUAUUACCACUGUUUGGUAGGCAUUAGGUCGCUCUGUUUAUAUUACCACUGUUUGGUAGGCAUUAGGUCGCUCUGUUUAUAUUACCACUGUUUGGUAGGCAUUAGGUCGCUCUGUUUAUAUUACCACUGUUUGGUAGGCAUUAGGUCGUCCUGUUUAUAUUACCACUGUUUGGUAGGCAUUAGGUCGUCCUGUUUAUAUUACCACUGUUUGGUAGGCAUUGAGUCGUCCUGUUUAUAUUACCACUGUUUGGUAGGCAUAAAGUCGUUCUGUUUAUAUUACCACUGUUAGGUAGGCAUGAAUUCGUCAUGUUUAUGUUACCACUGUUGGAGCGAAUGUGUAAACUUCUUGAAAACAGAUACGCCGAUUUCUGUCAAGUCGUUGAUGUCUCAAGACAUAAAUCUAAACGACAAUAAAGCAUGUGUAUCUCAUGUCCAGUGAUCCAAGGGUUAAUACUGUCAAACAAUAACGAUGACCAAAGAACAAGAAAUAAAAAUCUGUACAUCGGAGCCACUCAGACUGUUUCCCCCUUGAACUAUAUCGGAGCCACUCAGACUGUUUCCCCCUUGAACUAUAUCGGAGCCACUCAGACUGUUUCCCCCUUGAACUAUAUCGGAGCCACUCAGACUGUUUCCCCCUUGAACUAUAUCAGAGCCACUCAGACUGUUUCCCCCUUGAACUAUAAUACUAAACUAAAUUAAACUAAUCCUCCGUUCAAAGAACUGCGAUCAUCUUGGUCAACGAAUAACUGCCAUCUUGGUCAACGAAUAGCGAUCAUCUUGGUCAACGAAUAGCGACCCUCUUGGUCAACGAAUAGUGACCAUCUUGGUCAACGAAUAGCGACCAUCUUGGUUGACGAUAAGCGACCAUCUUGGUCAACGAAUAGCGACCAUCUUGGUAAAACGAAUCGUUUCAAUGCUUGUUUUAUCUAAAUUUUAUCUUUAACAUAUCUUCAACUAUUUAUAGUUGCCAUUUCAUAGCUAUAUGCCCCCCCCCCCCAAACAAAAUAAAGAUAUUACUACUGCAACAAAAAAAAUAAACGAGGUUCUCUGUUGCUGAACUCCAAGUGUUUGGUUUUUCUUAUACUCGGUUUAUGUUUUUUUAAUAAGUAAAUUGUUUUUUUUUUUUAAUUUUUUAUUUAUUUGAUAAAACGAAUUGUUUCAAUGCUUUUUUUUUUUAAAUUUUAUCUUUAACAUAUCUUCAACUAUUUAUAGUUGCCAUUUCAUAGCUAUAUCCCCCCCCCCCCCAAACAAAAUAAAGAUAUUACUACUGCAACAAAAAAAAUAAACGAGGUUCUCUGUUGCUGAACUCCAAGUGUUUGGUUUUUCUUAUACUCGGUUUAUGUUUUUGUAAUAAGUAAAUUGCUUUUUUUUUUUAAAUUAUUAUUUAGUCGGGUUCACUUUCGCAGGGAUGAUGACGAAAUAUGGGUUUACCAGCGCCGUGGCCUACUGGAAGCUGAAUGUCUACUGGGCCUUGUUUGGGACGCUUCUGUCAGGACUAUCGGGCAGUAUGCCGGCCUUGUUCAUGGCCAUCUACGUCUACACGGCAGACAACACCGGACACAACAAGAGCAGGUCGUUUGGUAUGGUGGUCGCCCAGGUAAACCAGGGAUAUCUGUCGUUUUCUGUUGGUAGCUCGGGGGAAAAAAAAACAACUUUGCAUCAUCGAAUAAAUAAAGUCAUUGCAGCACGGUUGCCGGUUAAAGGAGUUGUUUUUUUUGUUGUUUUUGUUGUGUCUCUGACUCUUAAGUGGCUAUGGAUUCGUCGAUUCAUUUUAAGUGUAGAGAGCUGUUCAAUGAAAACAGCCAAAACCCAUUAUUUAUCUGAAUGGAUCCCCUCGUAACGAUGUAUUAUCAUUUUUUAUAAAGCUCCUAAAACUUCCUAGAAGCCGCCAUAGAUACAUGAAAUAGUUUGCUCAUCAGCUGAGUACAAUUCUAAAUGUUAACACGUUAAUGAGUUUACCACAAAAUUGUUUUCUUAAAAGUCUUGUUCUGAAUUUUUUUUUUUUAAUACACGAAGUUUGUUAUUUUAAAACUUCGUUUUGCAAAUCUAUUUAUAGAUUUUAUUUUUUUUUUGAACCAAAGAUAUUUUAAUUAGCAUGUCUACUUCAUUUUUUCGCCCACUCUUAUUAUUAUCUCUAAUUUUUAGGUCGGAUACAUUUAUAUACAUAUCUAAAUUUAAUUUACACGUACGUGAUUUUUUUUAAGGCCUUUGCCAAAAAUGUUAGAUUUGAAUUCUGCAUGAUCGUUAUUAAAACUGAAACUGUAUGUUUUUACUUACACAAACUGUAUCUCAUUAUUAGCCAUCCCCAUCAUGUUGGAGGCAAAGUCUGUGCAGACAUGAACAUAUAAUCCCCUCUUUCCUAGGCCACAAUGAAUAUUUUCUACGCACUGACCCACCUGGUGGUGGGUUAUUUCAUCAAAGGUGAAGGUUACAUCUGGCCGAUGUUUACAGCAACACUCGUCCUGUGUCUGUCUUUGCUGGUCUGUGUCUGCUUCCUGAGGGAAACUCUGGACACCAGCAACCUGGGCAAACGCGCUAGUCUGAUUCAAGGUUUGUUUGUUUGUAUGAGUCUGGUUCAAAUUUUUUUUUUAUUGUUUGAGCCUGUAUUAGAAGUUUGACUGUUUGUAUCUACCUGAUGCAAAGUUUGUGUUUGUGUAUGAGACUGAUUCAAGUCUGCUAAAGAAUUAAUAAUUAUUAAAAGGGCUUCUGUGCUGUUGUGGUGUAGCCCAUUUUUUUGUACUCAUUGUGUUGUAUAUUUUUUGCACAGGUGUCAAGAGCGUCUUCGGUUUCUACCUGGUGAAGACCGACAACCCCAGGUACAAGAGGAAAGACUUCCUUAUGCUGGGAUUUGUCUUCUUCAUGUACUCCACCUGCUUGGGUGUAUCGAUCCAGAGUCUUUACCUGAUGAACGAGCCGUUGUGCUGGAGUUCGGUCAAGAUGGGGAACGUCAUAACAUUUCAGGUGAGCGAAAGACAUAAUACGUCCUCACAAAAAUAAUAGUUAAUUUGAGAUUCGUGUGACGAACUCAUGAAACUUCACGCAGAUGAAUUGGCAGUCGGUGCAUCGACAAAAUCUAGGCUUUAAAGCUCAGGUGGGCGUGUAGAAAAUACAAUUUUGACUGUUUUUUUUUAACUGUUGUUUGAUUAGAGCAUGAUACAAUUUUGGAUUGUUUUUGUGUUUUUUUCUGUUUGAUUUCAGCUUGGCAUUAUAUAAUGGUGGUCACGUUUGUUAUAAAUAACUUUUUUGUUUUUUCCCCUCUACAUUCUCAGGGUCUCCUCAGCUCAUUCGCAUCUCUUUUUUUAAUGCGACUCAUUCAAAAAAUAUUCUCAGACGAAACUAUCAGCAUAGUCUCCCUUAUAUCGGCGGGAGCAAGUCGUUUUGUUCUCGCCUUCGCUGUUAAUGAAACGAUGAUAUUUGUUGGUAAGAUGAUAUAAUUUGUUGGUAAGAUGAUAUUUUUUGGUAACAUGAUAUUUGUUGGUGAGAAGAUAUUUGUUGGUCAGAUGAUAGUUGUUGGUAAGAUGAUAUUUGUUGGUAAGCUUACAUUUUAUGGUUAGAUUAUAUUUGUUGGUAUGAUAAUAUUUUAUGAAUUAUCUUUGUUGGUAAGCUAUUAUUUGUAGAUAUUAAGUUAUUUGUUCUAAGAUAUUUGUUGGUAAAAAUAUAUUUGUUGGUAAGGAUAUAAUUUUAGUAAGAUGAUAUUCAUUAGUAAGUUUUGUACAUCGAGGUCAGGCAACUUUUUUUUUUUUUUUUUUUUUUUUUUUUUUGGUGUAAAAAAAAAUAACUAGUAAAUAUAGGUUCACAUUUUUAGAUUAACUAAAUAUACUAGUAGCUAGCCAGCCUAUAUAUUUUCAACGCUAAAUCUGUCCAUUUCAGCUUACACCAUAGGAAUGUUUGAAAAUCUUCUUCUUCCAAUCAUUCGUGCUAUUCUAUCGCGGAUGGUUCCAUCGGAUAAAAGAGGUGAGUUAGCCGCGAACUGAUAUGUGUGUUUUUCCUGCAAAUAGAGCCAUUGUUGUUUUGAAUUGUAUCAUAUUUGCAGUAGUGAUUUUCAACGUGAACAGCCAAAUAAGGGGGGAAAGGGGGGGGGGGGUUGGGGUUUAUUAGCAAAAGAAAUAGUGUUAGGUUUUUGAGGUAUAUUUACUUCAUACUGAUAUUGAUCAUGUUAUAAAAUGUUUACUUCAAUUCGACUAUAACAAAUUUUUCCUGCAAAUAGAGCCAUUGUUGUUUUGAAUUGUAUCAUAUUUGCAGUAGGGAUUUUCAACGUGAACAGCCAAAUAAGGGGGGAAAGGGGGGGGGGGGUUUGAGUUUAUUAGCAAAAGAAAUAGUGUUACGUUUUUGACGUAUAUUUACUUCAUACUGAUAUGGAUCAUGUUAUAAAAUGUUUACUUCACUUCGACUAUAACAAUGUGAAUUGUGCAGGCUCCUUGUUUGCCAGCGUUGCUGUGAUAGAAGUUGCCACAUUGGCUGUUGCCGGUGCUGGCCUCGAUGCACUUUAUUCUUUGACAGUGGACAUCUGGCAUGGACUGACCUACUUUGUUAUAGCCAUUUGUCUCGUAUUGGCAGCGACUGUCAUGCUGUAAGUACUUGAGCAAUUCAAUACAUAACUAUUGUAUAUUUUGUGUUUCUAACUGAAGGCUUGCGUCAUGCAACAAUGAUUGGAAAAGAAUGUAAAAAUCGUUGAGUCAUUAUUAGAUACAGUCUAAGUCAUUGACCCCAUUAUAGAAUUAUUUCAAAGCUUUGUGUUUUUUAAUGAUUAAUGGAUAUCGUACAAUUUUUAAUUUACGAUUUUUUAUCUUAGCCUUGUAUUAUUUUUGUUGUUGUUGUAACAAUUUGAUCAAUUGCUCGCUAUUUAUAUAAACAAUCAUCAUAGAAACGGCGGGCUAGACAGCUAGUAAUCAAUCAAAAGUCCUAUAGAACUGUUGAGCGCCACUGUUCACGCCAAACUGCCAUAUUCAAUCGCGUUCAACUUUUAAGGUACAUUUCUGUAACGAAGUGGUUUACUCCCUUCACGGUCGUUGUUGCUAUGUUCCAGGUUGUUCAACAUCAUAAUCAAGAGACGCCAGCCCAGCGGUAAAUCAAUCAUUGUCAUAGAGGAGAAACUCAACGAUAACUGAAAUAUUAGCUGUCAUGGAAUGGAGGAGCUCGUCACUAAAUUAUUUUUUGUAAUUAAAUUAUUCUGUGCCUAUUUUUUAAAAAAAAAGUUUUGAAUCAAUUUCUAACUUUUUACAUUAUGUACAUUGUAGUUUGUAUUGUAUUUGUACUGCUAUGUACCCGUGGACACAUUAUAUUUGUACUGCUAUGCGCUCGUGGACACCGUGUGCCCAUAUUAUUAUUAUCUUUCAUUAUUAAUUUAUUCAAAUGUGAUAUUUUUAGAAACAUAUUUAUGCUUGUUUCAGAUAAGUUUUUGUCUUUUUGAGUCGGAAAAUCACACGAUUGGGAUUCAAACAAAUGCACUCACUUUUCCUCAUGUAUUAGGUUCAUUUUCAGAUCCCGAGCUAACAGAGAAAAACGGAGACUUGGCAUGUAUUUGUAAUCAAAUUGUGCUGAAUCAAAGGCAAGGUUUACUUUUUAUAUUAUUAUUCCAGCGUACUCUGUGCCGGUCACCAAGUCAACUGACUGUCUCACCAAUGUAACACUUCCCAUGUUAUAUAAACUAAAUAAACAUUGUGAGAAUGACAAAUACGAUCGUGGAUUUUAAAAAAAAAACAAGUACUGGUAUUGAGAUUCAUUGUAACACCACUAGGACAUGUUUUCCGAUGAUGUUUUGUUGCACAUUUUGUGAAUGUUUCUGUGUUAUAAUAUUAGAAGCUCAGCUGUGUUAUUAUUUAUUUACUUUAUAUUCAGAUUGAAUAGAUUAAAUUGCAGUAUCUAGAUUUCAAUCAUGUCUUACAUUUUCUAUUGCAUUCGGGACACAUUUUCGUAUGGACUCAGUGGGCUUAAGCCUAUGGCCUAACAAAAGAUGAGGGGCUUUUUUUUAAUUUGUGG